UCAAGAAAGGCUGUUCUCUCUCUCUCUCUCUCUAUAUAUAUAUAUAUAUAUACAUAUAUAUGAGGAUGUGAAGCAUUUCUAUACAUGUCCAUUUUCAAAAUGGAUUUGCAGCAAUUCCUAUCCUUACCAAUUCUAUUCACUUCUUUUUUCUUCAUUUUUAUGGUACUGAAAAUGUGGAGAAAAUCAAAAACCAAAGAAGCAACAAAAAAUCUUCCACCAGGACCAAGAAAGCUACCAAUUAUUGGAAACAUUCACCAACUUAUUGGCUCUCUACCCCAUCAUUGCCUAAGAGACUUGGCAAAAAAACAUGGAGGCAUUAUGCAUCUUCAGCUUGGUGAAGUUUCUAAUAUAGUUAUCUCUUCUCCUGAAGCUGCAAAAGAAGUGAUGAAGACUCAUGAUAUUGUCUUUGCUCAAAGACCUUUUCUUUUAGCUGCAAGUAUUAUAAGUUAUAACUUCACAGACAUUGCUUUUUCACCAUAUGCAGAUUACUGGAGACAGCUGCGAAAAAUCUGCAUACUCGAAUUGCUAAGCGCAAAACGCGUGCAGUCAUUUAGGUUUAUUAGAGAAGAAGAAGUAUCAAACUUGAUUACUGCAAUUUCUUCUUCUUCAGGAAAGGCAUUCAAUUUUAGUAGGAAAUUGUUUUCUUUAACUUAUGGGAUUGCUGCGCGAGCAACUUUUGGCGAGAAAUGUGAAGAUCAAGAGGAAUUUAUACCAAUUGUUGAGGAAAUUACAGAAGUAGCAGGAGGAUUUAGUCUUGCAGAUUUGUUUCCUUCUGUUAAGUUUCUUCAUUCGAUUAGUGGAAUGAGGUCUAGACUCAUUAGGCUGCAAAAAGAAGCUGAUAGGGUGAUUGGAAAUAUUAUUGAUGAUCAUAGAGCAAAGAAUAAAACAGGAAAGGUUGGUGGCGAAGGCCAAGAUGAUGAUCUUGUUGAUGUUCUUUUGAGGCUUCAAGAGCAUGGAAAUCUUGAAUUUCCGUUGACGACUGAUAAUAUCAAGGCAGUCAUCCUGGAUAUUUUCGUUGCGGGUAGUGAGACAUCAUCAACAACAGUAGAAUGGGCGAUGUCCGAAAUGCUGAGGAAUCCAAGAGUUAUGUACAAGGCACAAGAAGAGGUGAGAAAAUUGUUCGAUAAAAAGGGAAAUGUUGAGGAAACUGAUCUUCAAGAAUCGAAGUACUUGAAAUUAGUUAUUAAAGAAACUUUGCGAUUACACCCUCCUGCUCCUUUGCUGCUUCCAAGAGAAUCUACAGAGAAAUGUGAGAUUAAUGGCUAUGAUAUACCAGAAAAAUCCAAAGUAAUAGUGAAUGCGUGGGCGAUAGGAAGGGAUCCAAAUCAUUGGACUGAAGCUGAGACAUUCUAUCCUGAGAGAUUUCUUGAUAGUUCAAUUGAUUAUAAAGGGAAUAAUUUUGAAUUUAUCCCAUUUGGUGCUGGAAGAAGGAUGUGUCCUGGCAUACUAUUUGGUAUAGCUAACGUUGAGCUACCAUUAGCACAGCUUCUAUACCAUUUUGAUUGGGAACUUCCUAGUGGAUUGAAGGCAGAAACUUUAGAUAUGAUUGAGAGUUUCGGCGCCACAGUUAGAAGGAAAAAUGAUCUACACUUGAUUCCAAAUCCAUAUACACCGUCUUCAGCUUCUUGAUUGAAGUCACUAAAUAAGAAAAUAGCCUUUGAUGUUCAUCUUUUAUCAGCUAAUACAUGUAUAAUUGUACUGUAGUUAUCCACAUACUAGUAGCUUCUGUGCAAUUUUCGAAUUUUGCAGAAUAAAAUUGCAUUACUCAUGGAAAUAUGCAAGGUAGGAGUAACAUAUAAUAUUGAUCGAGUACAAAUAUUUU